UUGUUUUGUAACGUCCCGCGGGCUGAGGCGGAGCGGGCGGCAGCGCUGAGGCGAGGGAGGCUGCGCCGGGAAGGUGACGCUGCAUCGAGAAGGCCUCACUAACCCGGCCGGAGCUUAUUUGUCUGCUGUCAAUUUCGACACUUCCCUGGGAGAAGUGACAGGACCUGAGUGAGGAGAGAGUGGCCAGAGGGGACAAUGAAACCCCGUCCCACACCUUCCAAUAAAAUGGGGAAGACAGCUGGUGGGAGAUCAGCAAAAAAUCCUUCUAAAUCACAAAAUCAACAAGGGCCUUCUAGCGAAAAAAAGGGAGCAGAUGAACAAGGAAGAAAACAAGGUCAAAAAAGACAGCAGAUCCCUCAGAAAGUCAAAAGGGGAGUUAAACAACUGAAGGACUCUUCCCCUGCAGGAGAAAAUGGUUCUUCAAAAACAAUGAAGCUGUCCAGUGCUGCAGUAAGAUCUUGGCAGCCUCUCUCAGAGAACAGUAGGCUUUUCCUGGAAAAUAUAGUGGAUUCAGUAGUACUAUCUGUUUUGUCCCAACAGAGGGAGGGAAAAGAUGAUGUUCAGAAGCACCUCAAUGUACUGAAAAACAGGGUGCUGGGAAGUUUCAAGACUUUAAAUGUGCCUCCAGGGAAGCUGGGCAACCUGAAGAAUAUUCUGGGCCUUCAAAUGGCAGAGAAGAAAAUGCUUGAGACAAAUGAGGAGUCUUUGGUACAACUGCAGGAAGAAAUAAAUGAAGCAGAGAGAUCGGCAGAGCGCAUUGAGGAAAAUAUACAGCAGCUGAAGUACAAAAUCCAGGUGCUCAAGAACCAGUUAGAGAAAGAUGAAAAAGAGGCCAGGAAGGUAUUCCAGGAAAAUGGCAGUGGAGCACUCCAGCUUCCAGAACUGCCCAAGCGCAGUUUUCAGGCGCCCACUUUGCAGGAGGAAAUUUUGAAAGUAAAGAAUCAGAAGGACCUUUUAAAGGAUAUGAAUGCUAUUCAGCAGUCAGCUGACCUGAAGAAUUUGUUAACCCUUGCUGAAAAGGCCUAUGAGAAGGUGGAUUUGCUUUGAGAAAUCAAAAUAUGUGGAGUCUCCAUGCUGAGUUUGGAUGGAAUCUGCUUUCUUCCUAAUGGCCUUCCUCUUGUGACUGCUGCAUUUCUGUUAAAACAUUUUCUAUUAACAUUGGUAUAUAAAUUUGUAGAUACAUUUUGGGACUUAAGUGAUUUAAGUUCAUCUCUCAAGAUUUUUUUGGGAUUUUUUUUGACCUGUGAUGACUUCUAAUGAUGAUAUAUCCUGUCAUAGGAAAAGGGAGGGAAAUGGAUCCUGGGUUAUUUGGGUGUUUUUACAGAAUAAGGGAACUAUUCCAUUCUAUUUGCACUUCUUUAUCUGUAAAUCACUAAAGGCUGUGUCUUCUACCAAAGUAGUUUUUAUUUGGGAGUUUAAACCUGAAACAGGUAGUAAAAAUAAACUUAUCUAAUACUCAGUUAUAAA